GCAGAAAACAACAUGUCCGCUACGGAAUCGUGCGACGAUGAUGCGAGCCCAACAUGCCGGCCAAGGGAGAGCAGAAUUCAUAGCGUCGGUCUACCAACCAGAACUUCUCUGCUUCCGGAACCACCACGCACCGGAAAUGACGUACCGCCGCCAAUACCACGUCGACACUCUGCCACGCCAGCGGUAGCACCACCUCCGAUUCCACUGAGGCCGCCGGCGAUUCCGAAGAGAAGCAAGAACGAAAAACCUAUACCUCUGCAACUCACAACCAGACAGAGCAAUCAAGUGGCUCCUUGUAAGAUGAGUGAUCCUUCAUCCGUAUCUUCAUCAGGAAUGUCGACUGCGUGGAACAGCGUGGACUCGACAAAUCAAAAACUUAUAGAUUUGGGAGCCUUCAGAAAUCAUCAGGCGUCACAGGAUUACUUGACGAAUUAUGGGAAGGACUUGCGGGAAACGAACGAGCAUAAUGAUUUUGUGGCUGACUUCGAGCAAGCGAAUUUCCAGGAAGGACAUAAGAUCGCGCAAAAUUCGAGCUUCGAGGAGUUGCACAAGGUCUCUUUGGAUCUCGAAAAACGACUUCACGAGAGAAUUAUUAAGAGCGCCGAGGCGAAAUUCGAGGAUCCGAAUGGCCGUCAACGACAGGGUAUGAUGCCGCGACAUAAUAGACAGUUGUCAAAAUUUACGAAAGAGAACGAAUCCGUCAACUGCGAGCAGAGAGAAUCGUCCGAAAGCAAACCCAGGGAAGAAAUGGCAUUACCGCGAAGAGAAAUUGUUCAAAAAGAUGAACCGAAGUACGCAACGAUUUUGAAUUCCGGUCGCGAACGGCGAUCGAAGUUUGAGGAGUUGCAGGCGGCCUCGAAGAAUUUAGAGAGGCGUUUGCACGAGGACGACGAUUAUCGUCGACGUCAGGAGAUCGACAAACGGAUAAAAGACAAAGACAAGCCACCCAGAUACGAGGACCUGGAGGGAAUCUCGCAUGAUCUCGACAAACGUUACCACGGCGAGCAGAGGGCUUUAGAGCAGCAACAGCAGCAUCCAAUAAUGCGGAGCAAAUAUGAGAGCGAUAUGGAGAGGGCUAGGAAUAUUCUUCAGCAUAAUCUGAGGAAGGAGCGAGUCGGCGGCGAGAAACUCGAGAAAUUGCCAAAAGCAACGCAGACGAAUUUACCACCACCCCUGAGCGCCAUUUGUCAGAGUCAAGUACCGAAACCUAUCAGCGUCCGGCAGGAUAGCAACGUUUCCUCAGACAGUUUUAGUCAAACCAGCUCCCCCAGCUACACCAGCAAGACAAUGGAAGCCCCCCUUCUGCCUCACAAGCACGGGAAAGUUCCAGACAGAGCCUUGGUGUCGGAGCCUGAUAACUCAUCUGGCAGACCGAUAACGAAGUCUUCGAGCACGCCGGCCAGUUUGCAGACCAUCGUCAGAAUGCAUGCCGGGAACAACAGCUCUUUGCAUCAUAAAAUAAUCAGGGACAUGACUGGUAGCCACUACGUGACAACGGGAAGACUACGUUUCCGAUUUGUGCAGGUUCUGCUUAAUGCCGUCGCCCUCUUGGCCAUCGCCGGCGGUAUAGCCGCAUACUUCAAAACAUCUGAAAAUGACUUCAAACUGGAGAAUAGAACCAUAUACACGGCUGUGAUCCCGAUACCUGAAGGUACACAUUUCAUGUUCGAGGAUAAGAAUCCGGCUCCGGGAGUGUGUCUGCCCAUCAUCGUGACUUUCUGCUUGCAGCACAAGGUUCCGUACAACUAUACUGUGUUUCCAAAUUACAUGGGCAAUUUUGGACAGCGGGAGGCCCAGCACGAGCUGGAGCUUUACGACGCUGUCGUUGACGUCAGAUGUUACGAACUGGCUGCUCUAUUCCUGUGUAGCGUUUUCGUGCCGAAAUGCGGCUCCCGAGGUCGCGUUGUACGUCCCUGUCGCAGUCUCUGCUUUCAAACCAAAAGGCGCUGCGGUUUCUUUCUCAAAGUUUUCGGUUUGUCUCUCCCGGAAUAUUUGGACUGCGAACUUUUCCCAGAGAAUCCGAGUUCUGACGAGUGCAUCGGGCAUCAUGAGGUGAUCGAAGCGGCAAGGAGGGCCGAGAAACCGGUGUGCACCAGUGGCUUUCAAUGCGAUAGCACAAGGUGCAUUCCGUUUGAUUGGCGAUGCGAUGGUCACAUCGAUUGCUCGGAUCACACCGACGAGAUCGGAUGCGGGAACUGUAAUUUCAACACGUCGUCUUCGGUUUCGAAGUCUUCCGCGUACGGCCAAAUAAAGUUAAGUAAGGAUUCUUCGUCUAAAAACACCAUUUCUACGAAAUCGUUACACUGUGGCGAAAGAAGAUGCAUGUCGGCCAGUCACAUCUGCGACGGGAUCAUGGACUGUCCUUGGGGGCAGGACGAGCGAUAUUGCCUGAAAUUAAGCGAGAAGAAUGGGGACGUCGGCGAGGGCCGUCUGGAGGUAUAUCAUGCUGAAAUGGGUAAAUUUAUGCCGGCAUGUGUGUCGCAGUGGAAAUCAACGUUGCCGCAAGAGAUUUGCGAGAUGAUGGGAUACACAGUUUCAAACGGGUCUAAGAGGCUGAUGGACGACUUAGCACCGAACGUGUCGAGAAGUUCUGAGUACAAUAACAAAAGUUCUUUGCUGAAGCAAUUUCAAGGAUGCAUCAAGGAUCGAGAGCCUUAUCCCAUGGUGAAACUUACUUGCGUCAAAUACGCUUGCGGCCGCAGACGGUCCGUACACGAAAAUGUGAGGGUGAAGCGAAUAGUGGGUGGGGUGGAGUCAGCCCCUGGUGAUUGGCCAUUUCUUGCAGCCCUUCUCGGUGGCCCGGAACAGAUCUUCUACUGUGCCGGCGUCCUUAUUGCCGAUCAAUGGGUGUUGACCGCGUCUCAUUGCGUCGGGAAUCAUUCAGACGUGUCUGGUUGGACGAUACAGCUUGGCAUUACUAGAAGACUUUCUCACACUUAUCUCGGUCAAAAACUGAAGGUGAAAAGAGUUAUACCUCACCCGUAUUACAACGUGGUUGCUGCUCACGAUAACGACGUUGCGCUGUUCCAACUUGAAAAGCGAGUUCAGUAUCACGAACAUCUGAGACCGGUGUGCUUACCAACUGCUGACACUAAUCUUACACCCGAUACAAAAUGUACCGUCAUUGGAUGGGGCAAGAAAAACGAUACCGAUUCCUCUGAAUAUGAGCCAGCCGUAAACGAGGUUGUAGUUCCUAUUCUGCCUCGACACCUCUGCAACUCGUGGUUAGCGCAUAAAGAAGUGAACAUUACCGAUGGAAUGAUCUGCGCUGGUUAUGCGGAUGGAGGAAAAGAUGCAUGCCAAGGCGAUUCUGGAGGACCUCUGUUGUGUCAAGAUAAGGAAGACAAGGAGAGAUGGUUCGUCGGCGGAAUUGUCAGCUGGGGCAUAAAAUGCGCCCAUCCAAAACUGCCCGGAGUCUACGCAUACGUACCCAAGUUCGUUACGUGGAUCCAAGAAGAAAUGUCUCAGUAUUCCGAGUAUAACAAUAGAAAUAAUGGGAAAACGUAAGUCAUCGAGUCGGGCAAAAUAUUCAAUGUGAAAACCAGCAACAUCGAGACGAAUCGAAUGGAAAUGGAAGAAAAAUGUAAAACACAGUCAAGGAAACGCAGACUUUCACGUUUAAUGACAUUAUAUUGAAAGGGGAAGAUAUUGGAAUCGAAAGCAAUUAAUGGGCUCCCGAUCUGCUAAUCUGCGCUCAGCGAUUCCUGUAUACGCUCAAUCAACGGAUAGUAUUUUGUAUACACCUUGUGCAGCUUUGUGAAGGAAAGAGAGCUGAGUAUUAAUACAGAUCGUUAAUCUCAUUCUUUGUGGGAUUAGUAAGCACAGAUAAAUAGUACACAAGCUAAUAAAAAUUACUGAUAAUCAUGACCGUUCGCUAAGCUAAGAAUGCUAGACAAUGAAUACCAACACAAAUGAAUUUGUCCUCGAGUGAUAAGAGUAAUCCAAUUAUAAGUCUACCACUUACAAUGGGUAGCCGUAGCAGAAAAACUAUUUUUUUCUCGUAUUGUGAACAGAUAAUUAUAGAGAAAAACCGGAUUUUAUCAUCAACAUGUACGAAUACUGAUAUUUGCUACCACAAUUCUCAGUCAUAGCUCGUCCAAAUAAUAAAAUUUCACCACUUCGCGAUUUUUCGUAACAAGAUUUUAUGAUAAGCCACUCGAACAAGGAAAACGAGAUAAUCGGAAACAUAUAGAAUACAUUACUUUAUAAGUGGAACUAUAUGCGGAUACCGAGGAUUGCGUACACAUAAGUUCAAAUAAUAAGCCAUUUUCUAGAAAACUACUAGAUAAAAGAGAGGAUCAAAAAUGCCGAUGUAUGUACUUUUGGUACCUACUGAAAUAA